UCGCUUUUUAAUUAACGAUAAUGAUACAGGAUCGUGUCAGGAACGAAGUCGAUAUUGCUUUGCAAGAGAAUGAUGAGAGGUAUACUAUGAAAUUAUUACAAGACCUACCAUAUUUGGAUAGAUGUAUAAAGGAAGCGUUACGCUUAUAUCCUAGCGUAUUUCUAAUAUCACGAUAUCCUGCGGAAGACGUAAAAUUACAGUCAUAUUUAGUACCGGCUGGAACAUUCGUGUCUCUUAAUAUUUACGCGGUCCACAGAGAUCCAAAUUUUUGGUCAAAUCCAGAAAUAUUUGAUCCCGAUAGAUUCUUGCCUGAGAAGAUCCGAAAUCGUCAUCCUUAUUCGUAUUUACCGUUCAGUGCUGGACCACGUAACUGCAUCGGCCAACGAUUUGCUAUGCUGGAAUUGAAGGCGAUGAUAGCUCCUCUGGUACACAAUUUCUACUUGGAGCCUAUUGAUUAUUUAAAGAAUCUUCGGAUGCAGGUUGAUUUGAUACUUCGCCCUGCUCAUCCACUUCGUGUAAGAUUUAUUCCUGUCUGUAAAGGGAACUCAACCCUUUGAAGCAAAUAGCGAUUUAAUGAACAUCGUAGAAGGCAAUUAAAAGAAAGGCUCUAUUUGCCUACAAUUUGAUUGCCAAUAGCGUCGUACUGUUAACACUUUAUACACGUGUCAUUAUUAUAUAGUUAUAAAAUUAAAAUAUAAAUAAAGUACAAUAAAUAUAAAAUAUAUACGAAA